UCGAAUAACAUUCUAUAAGCAUACACAUCGCAUCAGUUUCACAAAAUAUUUUUUAAAGAAUGAAAYUCCUUGCCGCGUUGUGUUUGGCAUUUUGCCUAUUCGUCGUUGAGUGUAAUGGCGUGCCGGUGGAGAGGGAAACAUUGCUGAGUAUUGAAAAGGCGCAGCCAGUGGCUGUGGUAGCCGCGGAAGGACAGCMUCAACAACUGCGUCGUGUGGCACGGCAUGGUUUCGGCGGUGGCUUUGGCAGGGGCUUCGGCGGUCCCGGCUUUGGUGGAUAUGGCGGUUACCCAAUUGGUGGAUAUGGUGGCUAUGGCGGUUACCCAAUUGGCGGAUAUGGUGGCUAUGGUGGUUACCCAAUUGGCGGAUAUGGUGGCUAUGGUGGUUACCCAAUUGGUGGCUUCGGUGGAAGUUCGAGCAGUGCUUAUGCAAGUUCUAAUUCAGGUGGUUACCAAUUCUUUGGUUAAAUCUGUACCGUUGCAUCUGAUGUGUCAGCGUUCUAAGUGUUAAUUAAGUUAAUGUGUUUUAAUUAAGAUUAGAGAAACGUAAUAUAUUAAAUUUGUAAUAAUAUGUGUGUAAGUACUAAAUAAAGCUGUGAAAGUUUUUUAAUAUA